AUGGCAACUCUACACUAUCUCCCUUCUGUCAAACCCUCGGCUAUUGCCAUGGGCACUGUCUUCACCCACACUGCUUCACUGGGUAUUUUGGCCCCUGUCUUCGGCGAUACAUAUCACCGUGCCCAGGCUGCCAAUUCGAAGGAGGACUUUAUCAAAUCCAAAGAGGCCGCUAGUGCCGCGACUGCAUGGGGUAGCUCUCUGGUCGGAAGCGCUGUGCAAACCUAUGGAGUUGCUGCUUUGAUUAAUGCAACGGGCACCCUUAGCUACAAGGGAGCAGCCUACCUUGGAAGCUUGAUCUUUUUUGCCAGCUCGGCCCCCAGUGUAUGUCUCCCGCUCCACCAUGUCUUACGGUUUGAUAAACAUGCUGACCAGUGUCCUUUCUUCUAUCUGAAGUUCGUCAGCCAGGUAUUUACCGAGAAGAGACCUCUCGACACUGUUGCUGUAGGUGCUGUCGCAAGAGUAUUUGAGACGGUUGGCCUGAGUUUGUUCCUCACCUGGUGGGGUACACGCACGAACCCUUUUGAUUAG